AUGAAUAUUCCUCAUUCUAACUGGGUCCCAUGUGAACAUUUACCAUGGUUAAUUCUCGAAUUAGAGAUGAAUAUCACAAUUCGAAAGGUUCAAGUGGAUGUUGCUCGUCAUAUGAUAGAGCCAACGAUAACAUCUGAUAAAACUAACGUACGCAACAUUGUUAGGCAGAUGAAUAUGGGAGAAGGAAAAACAGCUGUCAUUAUUCCAAUGUUAGCAUUGAGUUUAUGUUCUCAGAGUUUAGUUCGUCUUGUUGUACUUAAAUCAUUGUUUAUGGUGAAUUAUCAGGCAUUACAUUUUAAGUUAGGUGGUUUACUUAAUCGACGUGUCUUUCCAUUCGCAUGCCGCCGUGAUAUGAAUUUCAACGAGUUACAAAUCACACAGAGUUUUGAUCGUCUGCAACAAGGAUUUCAAAAUUGUGGUGUUGUUAUAACAUCACCAGAAGAUGUUCUCGAUGAAUCCGAUGAAAUUUUACAUGUCAAAUAUCAAUUGACUUAUACAAUUGGUGGUCAACAAAAAGUUGAUGGAGGAGUUGAACGUUGGAAAACGAUUCAAAUGGUAUUAAAUAUAGUGAAACAGAACGCACAUGAUAUUGCAGAAUGCUACAAGAAUGACGUUUAUUAUAAACCAUCUCAAUGUAAAAGUGCGUUUUCAGAUUUUCGUCUAUUAUCCCAUCAACCUUAUGGAAAAUUGUGUAAAAUUAUUGCUGAAAAUUGUAUUAAUCAGAAAAACUAUCGUCCAAGUGAUCUUAUCUUUUAUCUUAGAAAUCAAUUCCUCAGUUGA